AUGAAGUGUAGAAGGAGAAACACCAUAGCUCGGAGCUCCAUCUCCAUAGCCACUACUCUCAACUCUAGUCAGGCUUUUGCUGUCAAGUCAGCGGACUUACAUGACUACAAGCAACUCAAGACAACACAGAAAAUUCUCUUCACACUCAUCAGUCCUCAAAUUGUGGCCUAUAAAAGCUGUGAUGUCACGAUAGAGAAUGGAAUAAUGCAUGGCAAUGUGAAGGGGCAGAAUGACUUGGUGAUAGCACAAGGAGCCAAGAUAGCUGAUUUCGGUUGCGCUCUUAGGUGGUGGCUGAUGGUGAAGCACUAUCUACAUGAUAAUGACCUUGUUACGGUACUUUAUCGGAUUCGUUUCUGGGAUGAGGUGCCGAAAAUUCCAAACCAUGUCUCAGAGGAAGAAAAAGAUUUCUUGACGAAAUAUUACAAGAGAGACCCUAGUGAGAGGGGGUUGGUUGAGGAACUUCUUGUGCAUGGAUUUGUUCAUGCCUUUAAUGAGCAUACUGAUUAUAAGCUCGAGUUGGGAAUAGUGUAUGGCGAUGUGAAGGAGCAGAAUGACUUGGUGACAACACAACGAGUCAAGAUAGCUGAUUUUGAUUGUACUAUUAGGGUUGUGGCUGAUGUGAGGGUAUGA